GGCGGCGGCGGCGGCCGUCGGAGCGAGUCUCCGGCUGCCUCCGGUGCGCAGAGCACAGCCAUGAGCGAGUCCAGUGCCAGUGCGCUCCCGCCGGGCAGGCCCAGCAGGCAGCCCUUCAUCCAUCCAGAGAGCCUCUCUUUGGACUCUAGUUACUUUUCUUCCCUGCCUGUGAAUUUCCUCCAAGAAUUGCCAAGCUACCGGUCCAUUGCACGCAAGAGGACGAACAUCAUUUCUCGAGACAAGCAAAGUGGCACUUUGCUGAAGCCGACAGGCUCUUGCACCUCCCAGCUGGAGGAAGGAAUCACUGAAAACCUUGAUAGCCAAUCCAUUCGAAAGUAUGCACUGAACAUCUCUGAGAAGCGGAGACUAAGGGACAUUCAGGAAACCCAAAUGAAGUAUUUAUCUGAGUGGGACCAAUGGAAACGGUAUAGCAGCAAGUCUUGGAAGAGGUUCCUAGAGAAAGCUCGUGAGAUGGCAGCCCAGCUGGAGCUGUGGCGGGAGGACCUUCGCAGUAUAGAAGGGAAAUUUGGCACUGGGAUUCAGUCCUAUUUCUCCUUCUUGCGAUUUCUGGUGUUGCUGAAUUUGGUGAUAUUUCUGAUCGUCUUUAUGCUAGUUUUGCUCCCAAUCUUGCUCACCAAAUACAAGAUCACCAACAGCAGUUUUGUGCUUAUUCCAUCCAAAGAUGUGGAUGUUCAAUGCACAGUAUAUCCAAUAAGUAGUUCUGGACUCAUCUACUUUUACAGUUAUAUCAUCGACUUGCUCUCUGGCACUGGUUUCUUAGAGGAUACCAGCCUCUUUUAUGGACAUUACACCAUUGAUGGGGUGAAGUUUCAGAAUUUCACCUAUGAUCUGCCUCUGGCUUAUUUGUUAGGCACAAUUGCCUACCUGACCCUGAGCCUUCUUUGGAUAGUGAAAAGAUCGGUGGAAGGGUUCAAAAUCAACCUGAUCCAAAGUGAAGAGCACUUCCAGAGUUACUGCAACAAGAUCUUUGCUGGCUGGGACUUCUGCAUCACCAACAGCAGCAUGGCGAACCUGAAGCACAGCAGCCUGCGGUAUGAGCUCCGAGCAGAUCUGGAAGAAGAAAGAAUACGACAGAAAAUAGCAGAAAGGACCUCUGAAGAAACAAUAAGGAUUUACUCUUUGAGGCUGUUUUUGAACUGUAUUGUUCUGGCCGUUUUAGCAGCAUGCUUUUAUGCAAUCUAUAGAGCAACUAUAUUCUCACAAGAACACAUGAAAAAAGAAAUUGACAAGAUGGUUUUUGGAGAGAACCUCUUGAUAUUGUACCUGCCUUCUAUUGUGAUCACACUGGCCAAUUUUAUCACCCCAGUGAUCUUUGCCAAAAUUAUCCACUAUGAGGAUUAUUCCCCAGGCUUUGAGAUCCGGCUGACAAUCCUUAGGUGUGUCUUCAUGCGGCUGGCCACCAUCUGUGUGCUGGUGUUCACCCUCGGUUCCAAGAUUACAUCCUGUGAUAACUACUCGUGUGACCUCUGUGGCUACAACCAGAAACUCUACCCGUGCUGGGAGACCCAAGUUGGGCAGGAAAUGUACAAGCUGAUGAUAUUUGACCUCAUCAUUAUCUUGGCUGUGACACUCUUUGUGGAUUUUCCUAGAAAGCUCCUGGUGACCUACUGUUCCUCUUGGAAGCUGAUACAGUGCUGGGGGCAGCAGGAAUUUGCCAUUCCUGAUAAUGUUCUGGGAAUCGUUUAUGGGCAAACCAUUUGCUGGAUCGGAGCCUUUUUCUCACCCCUUCUCCCUGCCAUUGCAACCUUGAAAUUCAUCAUCAUCUUUUAUGUGAAAGAGAUCAGUCUUCUUUAUACCUGCAGACCCUCCCCAAGGCAGUUCAGAGCAUCCAAUUCUAAUUUCUUCUUCUUGUUGGUGUUGUUAAUUGGCCUGUGUUUGGCAAUAAUACCAUUGACAAUCAGCGUGGCACACAUCCCUUCCUCAAAAGCUUGUGGGCCAUUCACCAACUUCAACACCAGCUGGGAGGUGGUUCCCAAGACAGUGGGCACCUUCCCCAGCUCUCUGCAGUCCCUGGUCCACGGCAUCACGUCGGAGGCCUUUGCAGUACCUUUCUUCAUCAUCAUCUGCCUCGUCAUGUUUUAUUUCAUUGCCCUGGCCGGAGCGCACAAGCGAGUGGUCGCCCAGCUCCGAGAGCAGCUAUCCCUGGAAAGUCGUGACAAGCGUUAUCUCAUCCAGAAACUAACAGAAGCCCAGAAGGAUAUGAGGAACUAA